AUGCACCGUUUUCGGAGAAAAUCAGACGCGAGGCGUAGCGAGUUACCUCCUCCGUCUUCACCAAGCUUUUCCGUUGCCUCCAGCUCGCGUCCCCAUCCUCCCUUCCCUAUUGUUACCCAACACGUACAAGUUCAUCCUCCUCCCGAGCCGCCGUCGUUGCCCCCUGUCAGCGAUUUUCGGACAAGCUUGAUCUUACCCGAAUUAACUAGAAGGUUCACCCUUCUGCGCUCAUCCAGCGGUGCUCCGUACAGCUUGGAAGAUCUAAGAAAUCGUUUUGCCGAACAGAGAGCGAAAGGUGCAGAAAAUCAAAUCUCAGAGGAAGAGGAAGACAUGCUGCUAGAUAUGUUAAGUCGAAUUCGCGCGCACGGGACGGGUCACGGAGGGCCAGCGUCAAAAACGUCCGUAACUACCGAGUCCAAUAACUCAAGCGUGAGAUCGGACCCAUCGUCUACGAGUGUUUCGUCAAAUGACGCCGCUUCUUCGGCGUCGUCAACGGUGCGGCAGUCGACACAGUCAACGACUACUAUGUCCUCUGCUCCCGGCAGCUCCGAACUCUCCCAUUCGCCUGUGUCUCCGUCAUCCCGAUCAGCCAAACGACACAGCAACAACCUUUUUGGAGGUGGUCAGCUGAGGGACAUACGGUACAUGCGGAAGUCUUCGAAUCGGACGAUCAGCAGCAGUCGCAGUGCACUCUCGUCUACCCAGAGCGAAUCAACAACAGAGAAUAUAGCAAAUGCCCUGAUUGAUUCGUAUUCCGAUGGACAUGCUCGCCCAAUAACGCCGGAAAACUCGACUUCGACUAUCAAUGCACCGUCAAGUCCGAUCUCCGCAGCAUCUUCUGAUCGGUCGAUGAACCUGUCUAUGUCAUCGUCAAUUGAGGAGGGCGUCGCUCCUCUUGCUGGCUCGUCAGCGCUUCGUCUUAGUCGGCAACUCACGACUGGGCAGGUGAAGCGUAUGUCAAUGUCCUUAGAGGAGGCGAUUAGAAAGAUCGAAGAAGAGGCAGAUGACCAGGUCCUCGUUCCCCGAUCAACUACAUCUGCUCAGCAAAAUGGAAAUGCAGAACCCGGUAGAGCGUUGGCACUGACAACUGAUGACACAAACUCCAACUCGGCUAAGGCUAUCACCGAAGCAAGCAACGAGUCUUCCACCAUGUCCUGGCUUGCUGACGUGGACACCUCUGGUCCUGCAGGUGCUUACCGCUCGCCAUCUCCAUAUCGUACAGGGCGUUCAACGUCGCCUGUGCCUCGCGUUCCAGGGUAUAUACCCGGGAUGCCCCGUCCAGUGACGCCUGCUCGUGACAAUGACCUGGAGGAUGUUCGUUCUCUCUCAAUAACGCCUCGUGCUGCUGCGUCCUCUCCGCCACUUUCUGCCGGAUCGACGCUCCUUCGACAAGCUGUGAAUAACUCGCCGACUCCUUAUGGUGCUCGGCCAAAGUCUCCGCACUCAUCAGUUCGAGACCGUUAUGGAAAUCCGUACGGUUCAGAACAUACGUCGUUAAGCUCGCAUUGGCGCAGGCCAUCGUCACCUCUGUCGAGUAACAGCAAUGCCUUCCAAUCGCUGAAUGGUGGCUCGAGACCAAGUACGCCUUCAAACGUGACGUGGAAUGUUUCCGCUCGUGAAUCUGGCCAGAGCUCGAAGCCACUUGGUAGGAACGGAACUCUGUUGGGGCACAACAGAACUGCGAGCAACUCAAGCGUUGGCGACAGCCAGAGCUGGAUUGAAAGCCCUAUUGAUGAUGCGCCAAAGACGGUUUUGCGAAUUCCUCGCCCUAUCUAUUCCCCGGGCACUUCGGACGAUGGUAGAGAUUCGGAAGUUCGGAACAAAUUCCUUUCGAAUGGGUCUGUUUUGUCAGCCUCAGCACUUGCCUUUGUGGACUAUGACCCAACUUCGGAGCUGUCCAACUCUUUCGGCAUGUCAUCUUCUCCUAGUCGUGAUCUCACGCGCUCGACGUCUGUUACUUCGACGCUGGACGAGGGAACUCGCGCAAAACAGCGGAUCCUAUCGCCUCUUCUGACACCUCCAACGUCACCAUUCGCGCGAAAUUUCGACCAGAAUCCCCUGGUUAUCUCACGAACGUCGAAUAAUUCUUCUCGAUCAUCGCUUGUUUCCGUUGGGUCUAGUUAUCACUCGACUGAGGACGAUGGAGCCAAAUUCUUACUUGCCCCAGACAGGAUGGAGCCUGCAUGGCAUGAUGUUCCAAUCUCAGUGAACGUCAUGAACCAAGGGCGAACAGGAACUCGCGGCAAUCCACCCGCGGAUGACCCAGAGCACUUGCUUCGCCAGUAUACGGGUCUCACCAAACUCGACUUGCUCUCUAUUCAGAACAAAUUGCUUGAAGCAUCUCAAGCUCGGGCGAAGAGCUCGGAGGUACGGGCCUCGUCGACUCUACGCCGUCGGCGACCGUCUACUGCUCAAUCCAUUCACUCAACCGGAGGGCAGCCGAGUAGGACUACGAGCCCGGCUCCUGUACAUGGUUUACCAUGGGCGCCGAGUGUAGAAAGUACUGUCAAGGCUAAUGCACUUUUGACCUCCGUCGUCAACAGCAUACAGCCAUCUGAGCCGACAGAGCCAGUGCGUGAUGAAAGUGAGGAUAACGACUUGCAUAUCCUUCCUUCACCGCCUGUUCUUGCACCCAUACCGACGUCGAGCCCGGGACGCCGCAACAAGGACUUAGCCGAGAUAUUAUUCGGAGUGAGUGAAUCCGAGCCGGUACCUUCUCUGCCUGAGGUGGAGCCAGAACCAGAGCAUGCACCCGUGCAAGAGCCAGCACCAAAACACGAGCCAGCACCCUUAGACGAUCAGGGCCGCAAUACUGAAGAAGAUCGACCAAGAUUCGAGUUCCCUCAACGAUCCGCGGUUCCUCCAAAGGUAGAAGAUAUCGGUCUGACACAGCUUGCACCGAAUCAUGGUCUCGAAUUGACGUCGGAUAGUGGUCAUACAGCGGACUCGUCGGACUUGAUUCGUCAAGUGCAGGAACGGACAGAAGCUGCAAUGGCCCAGUUGCGUCGAUCACCACAACAAGGACGUUUCCCCAUAGCGGGCUCGCAGAUCACGAAGAAAAAGAUCAACUUGCAGGAUAUAUCUGCGCCGCUGUUGGUCCAAUCUUCUACCAGCAUAGACAAGAUACCGACUGUUUCCACAUCUCCGCUGAAGCCGACCCACCCUAACGAUGGACAACGUACUGUCAAGAUGUCACUUUCUAGGAGACUUCGGAAUACUCUCAGGAGUAAGAACGCUGGGCCUAAUGGCGACGAAGUGACACCCUGGACGCUUGAUAAUACUUCAUCUUCGUUCACUAAUUCCCCUCAAGUUGGAAACAGGAGUUUGACGCCAUCGAAAGGCAGCGUGACAGACUUGUAUGUGCAGCCGAAGCUGACGAACGUAUCUCCGCCUGCAUCUGCUGGGCCCAAUCUGAAGACGUUCAUGUCGCGUUUCCGGAAGAAGGGUCAACAGAAUGGUCCCAUGGAACAUGAACAGAAGCAUGGCUUAACAUCAACUAUGCCUUCCAAUGCACCUUCUCAAUCUGCGCCCGCGAACGGAAGGCAUAGCUUCCAAUUGCCACCGUCUUCUGCACCUUUACUAUCACGAAGCGGUAGCAUUUCACAAGCUGUUGCCCGAAUUAUUCCGACAGCGCCGUCUUUGUCUCGUCAGCCAACAGAAAGGACAGUUGUUAACUCCCCUUCUUCUCCACCUGCAUCUGCUCCAUCUGAACCAACGGCGCUGAGGCAAUUCUACGAAGCGGCUCAAAGUCUCGGCUUGGACCAAUCUGCGCUGAAUGAUUUCUUGGCCCGUUCAAACUCAUCCGCUGGAAAACAUCCGUAUCCGUCUACAUCCGCGCCUACUAGGUAUCAUGAUGAGUCUCCCGAAAAGCCUUCGUUGGAGCCUAUUCGCGCGUCUAGCCCUGUUAUUCCUGAACUCUUCAUUCAACGGCCUGGUGCGGAUCAUUCUGGGAAUAAUACCACGUUGCGUGAGCGUGCAAGUUCACCCGUACCUGCUCCUACCCCACGACGCGUGCGCGAGAUCGCCGAUUCUCAUGGGAAUGUACGAAACACAGUCGUCCGACGGACGCUCAUCUUCCCAUCUACCAAUAGUUCAACAACGGAUCUUGCUUCUUUAUCCAGGAAGGCUACCACGAAGAGCUACAAACGGGCGAGCAAUCUCUCGGUCCAAUCCAAUCGAUCUAUUCAUGAGCGAAUCCCUACACCUCCGCCGCCAAAGGCAAAGAGACAAUCCAUCGAUCCAUCUCCGCCUGUUCCAAGUCUUCCAUCACCCCUUUCCUUAUCCAACUCUGGACGACUUUCGUCAUCGCGACUUACACCAGAAAUACCAAUAGAGAAGUCUCCCUAUGAUUCGUUCUACGACAUGUACAUUGGCGAUAGAACGGGAAGCGUGCAGAGUCCUGAACUUUCCGAGCCGCCCAAGUCCCCACUUGACGAAAGUCUUCCGGAAGUGGAAGAGGGACAGGCGCUUGAAGUGAUCGAGUUGGCUAAUGGGGAGACAAUCUGGUCUAUCGUAAAUGGGUUGAGAGCGGACGACGUCGAAUCUAUUUACCAGCGGCGCGGCAGCGUGGAUUCGGACUAUUCGAGUAUGCCAUUGCAAGAUAGCGAAAGCGAGCAGCUGUUCUUUAAGGAACACGCACGGACAGGUUCGAAGGGGAGCAACAUCUCCAUAUCUAACUUUGCUCGACGGAAGAGUCAGCAAGCGGCCCGUCCAGAAACAAAGGUCUUCCACAGUUCGUCGACACACAUCGGGCGUCUAAUCGAACAACUCGCACGUAAUACCGAAGCGGCAACUUUCAACAUCAAGCCCAACCCUCACACUCACAACAAACAGGGUAGCGUCGGCAGCGUCGGUAAUACUUCGACUCUACAAUCACAUUCGCAGCCGUUUUCCCAUUCCCACAUCGCUGGGGGCGGUGGGCAUUCACAUUCCGGUUCUUUACAAACAAUGAUGACGACGGGGACGACGUCGGACUCUGAUACCAACUGGACGGUCGAAGAGCGAUUAGAGCGCAUGCUUGACUCUGUGAACCCUUCGAGCUAG